CAUUAACUCAUAAACAUAUGGCCCAAUAGAUUAUGAUAUUAUCGCUUACAUUUCACAGCGAGGUGAUAAAGUAGAUUCAAUGUCCUGAUUCGAUGUUUAACGUGUAUAAUCAAAUGGCUUCUUGCUUUUCUUCUAAAUUAGGCCAUGUUAAACCGAUUUAAUUUGGCCACUUUGACAUUGGUUCAAAAACCAUACUAGAUUUUUUCUGGUCAACUUUGUUUACAGUGCAGUUUUCCUAAGUGAAUCAAUAAAUUGAGAACUAUAUAAAUUGCAUUGCCCUGUUUUGUAGCGCACAAAAGUUUAAUAAUUGCAUCGACGCCAUUAUCUAAACUGGCUUGGAUGAACAAAGUUCAGCGAAGUUAUUAGUUUGGAGAAUCCCCAACAUCUAUAUCUUCAAGUGAACCCUUCGGGAACUCAGGCCACGGGUACCUCCGACGCUCCCACCGUUCCGGCGGACUACAGGAGUCUUUCUCUGAAGGGUGCGUGUGAGCAGCAUGCACUUUGCUAAAAAAUGAAGCAUUGCAGCUAUUCAGUAGAAAAGGUGGGAGCGUUAAUUGGAUCACUGACAAGGGAAGAAGAUGGAGCUGAAGGUGCAAAAGUUGGCUUGCACGGCACUGCGUGAGCCUGUAGGCGCCACGCUUGCUGUUUGCAUUUCGCUUUGACGUAAGGCAGAGAGAGCGCGGUGUGUUAACCGGUCUCGGCUUCAGUCAGAGGAUUUCCGGAGAACCAUCAGUGCAACUAGCACAACCCAGCCGGUUCCCGGGCCAAAGUUUUGUCCUGGGACGUCUCAUUGUUGUCUUCGCGCCAAUAAGAAGGGAACGUCGAGGCACGCCCCGGAGUUGGGCAGAUUCCCUCAGCUCUUCUUGCACCUUCUCGUGAAGUUCGGCCAAAGUCAGGGAGACUUUGGAAAGUUGGGCGGCUCGCUCUCGGACUACCAUGGGUACGCUGCGGGAUCUGCAGUACGCCUUGCAAGAAAAGAUCGAGGAGCUGAGGCAGCGAGACGCCCUGAUCGACGAGCUGGAGCUGGAGCUGGAUCAGAAGGACGACCUGAUCCAGAGGCUGCAGAACGAGCUGGACAAGUACCGGUCUGUCAUCAAACCCGCCAGUAAGCAAGCGCCGAACCAAACCCCGAGCUGUCUGCAGGAACAGCAACGGACCAAACGGCAGGCAAUCUCAGCCGAGCCCACCGCCUUCGACAUCCAGGAUCUCAGCCACGUUACUCUGCCCUCCUACCAGAAAAGUCCACAGUCUAAGGAGCUAAUUAAGGAAGCAAUCCUGGACAAUGACUUCAUGAAAAAUCUGGAGUUAUCCCAGAUUCAGGAGAUUGUAGACUGCAUGUACCCAGUGGAAUAUGGCAAAGACAGUUGCAUCAUCAAAGAGGGUGAUGUGGGCUCUCUGGUUUAUGUUAUGGAAGAGGGUAAAGUUGAAGUGACGAAAGAAGGAGUUAAGCUCUGCACCAUGGGACCUGGCAAGGUGUUUGGUGAGCUGGCCAUCCUGUACAACUGCACCAGGACUGCAACAGUGAAAACUCUUACAAAUGUAAAGCUCUGGGCCAUCGAUCGACCAUGUUUUCAGACUAUAAUGAUGAGGACAGGACUAAUCAAGCAUGCCGAGUAUAUGGAAUUUCUAAAGAGUGUUCCAACGUUCCAAAACAUUUCAGAAGAAAUACUGAGCAAGUUAGCUGAUGUUCUUGAAGAGACUUAUUAUGAAGGUGGGGAGUACAUAAUUAGACAGGGAGCCCGAGGAGACACUUUCUUCAUAAUUAGCAAAGGGAAGGUGAAUGUAACACGAGAAGAGUCAUCUAAUGAAGAAGCUGUGUUUCUCCGCACAUUAGGGAAGGGGGAUUGGUUUGGAGAAAAGGCCCUUCAGGGGGAGGAUGUGAGGACAGCCAAUGUGAUUGCAGCUGAAACAGUGACCUGCCUUGUGAUCGACAGAGACUCAUUCAAGCACCUAAUUGGAGGUCUGGAAGAUGUUUCCAACAAAGCUUAUGAAGAUGCUGAAGCUAAAGCUAAAUAUGAAGCUGAGAGUGCCUUCUUCUCAAAUCUGAAGCUAUGUGAUUUCAAUAUCAUCGACACGCUGGGAGUCGGAGGAUUUGGAAGAGUUGAACUGGUUCAGUUGAAGAGUGAGGAGUCCAAAACCUUUGCAAUGAAGAUCCUGAAAAAGCGGCACAUCGUAGACACACGGCAGCAGGAGCACAUACGGUCAGAAAAACAAAUCAUGCAGGAAGCUCAUUCAGACUUCAUUGUGAGGCUGUACAGGACAUUCAAGGACAGUAAAUACUUAUACAUGUUAAUGGAGGCUUGCCUGGGGGGAGAGCUGUGGACUAUCCUUAGAGACAGAUACAGAGAAGACAAUAUUAAAAGGGGUUCAUUUGAUGAUGCCACUACUCGAUUUUAUACGGCCUGUGUGGUAGAAGCCUUUGCAUACUUGCAUUUCAAAGGAAUUAUUUACAGGGACCUCAAACCAGAGAACCUAAUCCUCGAUCACCGAGGUUAUGCUAAACUGGUGGACUUUGGAUUUGCUAAGAAAAUAGGGUUUGGAAAGAAAACAUGGACAUUCUGUGGGACUCCGGAAUACGUGGCUCCAGAAAUCAUCUUGAACAAAGGUCAUGACAUCUCAGCUGAUUACUGGUCACUUGGAAUCCUUAUGUAUGAACUCCUAACUGGCAGUCCACCAUUCUCAGGGCCUGAUCCCAUGAAAACCUACAACAUCAUUCUUCGUGGGAUUGACAUGAUUGAAUUUCCAAAGAAAAUUACAAAAAAUGCUGCUAACCUAAUUAAGAAACUAUGCAGGGACAAUCCAUCAGAAAGACUUGGGAAUUUGAAAAAUGGAGUUAAGGACAUUCAAAAACACAAAUGGUUUGAAGGUUUUAACUGGGAUGGACUAAGGAAAGGAACUUUAACACCUCCAAUUGUACCUAAUGUGACAUCUCCAACAGACACGAGUAACUUCGACAGUUUCCCCGAAGAUAAUGAUGACCCACCUCCCGAUGACAACUCCGGAUGGGAUGCGGAUUUCUGAGUCUGUCCCUUCAAACUUGCUUCUGCCUUGCCUAGGACAGCAUCUUUGUAAAAGGAAAAAGGAAAAAGACUGCCGGCAAGUGGAAAGGAAAGGAGGACGAUUAGUGCUCUGGGUCACCAAGAUGCCUUGACGGAUGCCUGAUACAGUGCUGAUGGUGGCUUUGGAACUCUUACUGUUAGAUCAUUGCAGUGGUGUUCUUUGAGAAGCACUCUUUAGGUUCGGAUCUAAAGUUAGCAACUUAGAUGGUGGUCAUAGAGCAACUUGAUUUAUUUGCGCACAUAUAAGGCUUUUCCUUCACUGAGGUGAAUAGUGCUUCGCUCCAAAGGCAAAUCAAUAGUGAAAAGGUAAAAAUGGAUUGUUUGUAAACAGCUGAACUUAAUCUAAAUCAAGAUUAUUCCUUUUUUUUAAUUAAAAUGAAAAGACAAAUGCAGUUAUUUAUUCAGGGGAUUUUUAUUCAAGGGACAGUUUUAGUUGCUGUGGAAAUGAAUUUGGUGGGAGACUGUUGUCAGUGCACAGGACCCUGCACGUGACAGGUCAGUGUGUAUGUGUAUCCCUCACCUCCCUCAGAAAAAGACCCAUUAAGCUAUUGGUCACCUUACAUGUUCGGUCAGUGCUGUAACUUUAUGGGCUUUAAUCAUUUCUAGUCUAGUUGUUACCUUGUGUUUUAGUAACAUAAUUAAAAGUGUUAUCUGGUAUUUAUCCACACAAAGCACAACUGUCAAUGCAAUCAGGACAGUUCUCCACCUCUUCUGACAAUUCACCAUGACUCCCCCAACAUCCACCCUAAGCACCCUGCAGUAGUCAUCUGAACAAUCAAAUGAAUAUUCAGUGGUGUCUCGAACUUGGAAGUGAGUUCAGUUUCUGUAUAAAGCAAAUACAUUGCAGUGUAAAACUAGUAGAAAUACUACAGCUCAAAUACUGCCUCUGAACUUCUGUUUGGCGUGCCAGUGGAUUUAAAUGCUAGCUUAAAACUAUGGACUUCUGAACAUAGUCAACAAAUGUUUACAUAAUUGUCUAUGGAAACUAUGUUCAAUAACUUGAUUUUUUUCCUCAAGUAGUAAGAGUUAUGUGUAAGGCUUGUUAAAUAGCAGUGUUCUCGUUUUAAAAUUCCCUUGAUUAGAAUUUAGGCCUCUUACUCAUUUAGUAGCUUCACAUCAGUUUUGUGUGAACUGGAGGCUGGAGUUCACACUGAACAAUUUUCACCAUGGCAGGGUCAGGGGUGCAGCAGGGGUGGGUGAGGUAGGGUUGCAGGAUGGUGGGGGAGAAUACAAAGACACAAGUCUCAUUCAAAAAAAAUUAAUCAUAUUGAGUAUGAUUGUCUGUAUUUGUAUAAUGCAUGUCUGUGUAAAUACCCUCCAAAAGCAGACAUUUAAAUUCCUGCACACAGCCUUAAUCAGACAGUAUUUAUCUCUCAAUGAAUGUCUUCAAACAGAUCACUGCUGGUUGUGGGACCAUGCUCUGCACAAAUUGAUUUCUCCUACAUUCCAACAGUGUCUAAAUGUGUAUUGAAAGAACUUAAUUGGCUAAGAAGUUCUUUGAGCCAUCCACAGAUGUUAAAGGAAUUAACAUCCUUUUACCAGCACAAAUAUUUUCUUCAUCUUUUCUGUCGUACAGUGGUAGAAUUUCAACAGAAGGAGAAUAGGAAAAAAGAAAGGGACACUAAACCAUGAGUAACUAAAAUUAUUAUUAACUAUCCAGUAAAGUUAUUAAAAUUACACUUGGGUUUUCCUUUGACAACCCAGAGCUCGCCCACUAUACCCAUGUGAACAAACUAUCCUCUUUGAAUUUAAUGUUCUCAUUAUUCAAAGAAAUGUGUUCCACAGAAGAACAUAAAUAUUGUAUGUGUAAUAAAGACACUACAGAUACACUUUACCAUAUUAGGACACGCUUUAGAAUAUACUUUAGCAUACCCUUUAAAAAAUCCUUAAUCUGAAGAUAUGUAAAUCUGCAUACUUCCCCAGAAAACACCAGCCCUUCACAGAUUGUACAAAUUUAUGAUACAUUUGAAACUAAUGCUUUAAAUAGCCUUCACCACACUUACUAAUUACUACAUCUACCACUGGAUAACUCUGCACUGCUCUGCAGGCUGUUUGUCCUUACAAAUGAUACAGUGAAUGAAGAUAAUCAUAUUUCUGUUGAAAUCCUGAAAUUGAAUAUAAAAAUAAUGCAUGAAGGAAGGGAGCAAUGUAUUUACCAAAAGUGAGGAGAGAGCUCCAAAUACAAUCUCAUGCAAGAUUAAAUCAAACACUUGUAAAGCCUGUGGGUCAAAAGAAUUCUGACAUAUUUAUAGCUGUAUAUUAUUAAACUGUAAUAUCUAUUGUUUUUAUUUAAUAGGACCACAAGCUCCAUAUUACUGUAAAUAAGCAGAUAUGCCUUGGGUAUUGUGACUGUUUUUGUUAAUUAACCUCUUUUUUGCUGACUUUAAAUAUUUGCCAUAUUGUCACUCCAUUUAUCUUUGCUAUAAAAUAUUUUGACACUGUUGAACUGUAAGAAAAAUAAGAUUUGCUGAAUAAAAUUUCUAGGACAUUGUAAAGAUAGUUUCUCCCGUAGGUUAGACUGGGUUCGGCAUUGUCUCAAGUGCCUUAAAACACAUGGCAUCCAAAAUAAAAUUAUGAAUUUGGCCUAAUGCUGCAUUUAAAAAUAAAGAAAACAGGUGAACCUCAAUAAUCAGUCUUUCUUUGUGGCUUCUCUAUAAAUUCUCUCUUCUGUAAGGUUAAAUUGACCUUUUUUUAAUAUAUUGUACAACUUACAGAAAAUAUCCUUUGGUACCCUUAAUUAUAUUCAGUAUUAGGGAAACUGUGAAACCAAUGAUGAUGUAAUGCAUCAUUUCUGUGAAAUGUGUGAACGUGCAACAAAAAAGUCACAUGACUGUAAUUAUCGUUGCUUUAGGUAAUUUCACUGUAUAUGCAAACUCAUCUUAUUUUAAUAUACCUGUGUUGCAAACAUUUGGAUGAAGUUAUCUCCUUAAAGUAAUCAAAUUGCAAUAAAUGUAACCCUGGCUGACAGAAUUUGAAACCUUUCGGGAUAAAUGUAAAAUUUUGUCUUACGAGACUGUGGUGUUCAAAUGUUGAUUUAAUGUAGCCGAUAACAACAUUUUGAUCUGUAUUUCCUGUCUCUGUUUAAUAAGUUUACCGUCAACUGUUAAAACUCACUGAAUAUUUAUAAAUUUAUAUGAACUAUUUGUUAGGAAUCUUUCCCAAGAGCGCUUUUUGUUUUGGUAAAAGAGCAUGGCAAAUUUGUCAGAAUGUAUAUUUUGUCACUGAAUGCUGUUCACAGGCUUGUUGCACUCCUUUGGUUGUAGAUUUUUAACUUUUACAUAUUUAAUUGUUCCUGAUUUGUCUUGCAUUUCCCUGCAGCUAUUGAUGCAGAGUGCCUGUUAUAUACUUUCUAG